UCGAGGGCGGGGCGUGAGUCAAAGCUGAGGGUUGUUGGAGUCCGGUGCGGGAAAAGGUCGUCCCGGAACUAAGCGUAUGCAGAGUUCUUGGCACCCAGGUCCGAGCUGGCGAUGCCCAUUCCACACGAACAGACUUUUGGCCAAACCAACGUACCGCUCCGACUUCGCGCUGACACUCCUACAUCUUUAUAUACCGCUCGUUUCAUCGCUAUCUAUCCACGCCCCAAGCGGAGCCAAGCCUUGCGAGGGUGCAAUGAAGGGCAUAAAGGUCAGGUAAGGGGGGAGGCUAUUGGUUAUGGUUGCUGUCGUAGGGUCGUCCGCAGGCAUGCCUGCCUCGCGCUCGGGGGUGACGGCUGUCGCGUUGCUGAGGGCCGUCCAGUCAUCAGCGCUCGAAGUCUUGCCGUGGUGUGCGAAACAGGUAUCUGCCCCGCGCUUGGUAGUUGGAGUGCUGUUAAGCGUCGAUACGACGGCCGGCGCUCCGCUCGGAAAUCCUUCUGCUCGACAGUCUUGAUGAGGACGACCGUCUGGACACAGCAGGGUAGUCACGCGCGCGAGUAGCGGCCGUGGCGUUGACGGGUAUCGUGCGGACCUCCAAGUUUCUGUGGCUUGCAUAGAAGCCUCCCCUUUGGAGGCAAUGAUG